GGGCCCACGGAAAUGCGCGGCGCUGCACAGGCGCAGUAUCUCCCGCGGGCUCCGGGCCUGAGGACUCCGUUCCAGAGAUUGCGGUUCUCCGAGAUUGGGCCUGCCCACGCUCCCUACCUACCGAAGGCCAAAGGUAGGGGGCGUGUCUGGUUGCUAGGGAACGCCAGGCGGCAAGAUGGCGGCAGCCGGUCGGGGGAACCGGGACUCUCUCCAGCGGCGCUGGGAGUCGCCAAGACGGCCGCCGCGGAACGGUUAUGGUGUCUACAUAUACCCAAAUUCCUUCUUCCAAUAUGAAGGAGAAUGGAAGGGAGGAAAGAAACAUGGUCACGGGAAGCUGGUGUUUAAGGAUGGGAGUUACUACGAAGGUGAAUUCGUGGAUGGAGAGAUCACAGGGCAAGGCUGCCGGCACUGGGCCUGGUCAGGAAACAUCUACGCUGGACAGUUUGUUUUGGGAGAGCCUCAAGGACAUGGCGUCAUGACGUAUGGAGCUGGGGGCUGUUACAAAGGGGAGCUCUGCCACGGCCUCAGGGAAGGGCAGGGGGUCCUGGUGGACCCAGACGGACAGGUAUAUGAGGGCUCCUUCCAUGACAACAAGAAGCACGGCUGGGGCCGGAUGCUCUUUGAGAACGGUGACAAGUACGAAGGGGACUGGAUCCGGGACCGGCGCCAGGGACAUGGGGUGCUACACUGUGCUGAUGGCUCCACAUACGAGGGACAGUGGCACAGCGACGUGUUCAGUGGGCUGGGCAGCUUGGCCCACUGCUCCGGGGUCACCUACUGCGGGCUGUGGAUCAAUGGCCACCCAGCAGCACCGGCCACAAGGAUUGCAAUUCUGGGCCCAGAGGUGCUGGAGGUGGCCCUCGGCUCUCCCUUCACGGUGCGCGUGCAGCUGCAACAGGACAGCGGGGCAACGGCGGACAGCGAGAGCGGCCGGGUCCUGCGGAUCUCCGCUGGCGUGCGGCACGUGCAGCUCCCAGCCCACUCCGAGGUCAGCUUCUUCAAGGUGGAUGAGGAGCACGGGGAGAAGCCCAUCGAGACCCCACUCGGGUUCCAGUGCCUCUCCUACCCCCUGUCCUGCCCCGCGUUACCGCAGCUGGGGCCCAGGGCUGCCGUCGACUCAUCCCCAUCCCAGGGAGAGCCAGACCCUGCGCUGGACUCCGGGGCUGUCUGCAGCCAGGGUGACAGCCCCGGCCACUUGCCCGCCUGCUCAGCCAGGGCACAGGAGCCCCCGAGUCCUGCGGACCACCGGCGCGUGACACGAGGCUGUGCGGAGUUCACAGACGUCCUGCUGGGGCCGACCCCACCCAGCCUCCAGCCCUUCCUGGUGCUGGGUAGCCCCAGCCAGAAGGCUGCCAACCGCAAGCACGGAGGCAGCCUGUGCCCAGCGAAGAUGGCGCCCACCACCUGUGGCAGCAGGCCCAGCAGGACCGCAGUGGACCCAGUGUCCGAGGUGUACCCAGGUUUCUCCAACUUUGAAGCUCUCCAGACAGUUUACAGACUGCAGAAAGGAAAAGUACUUUUCCUCCUCCUGAGCCCCUGCAGGGCUGCCCUCCAGCUCCCAGCAGAGCGUGGCCCAGCCUUCCCACCCCAGGCUGGCCAGAGGCAUGCAGAGCUUUAACACGCUUCCAAACAACUCAGAGGAAAUGAAUUGUUUUUCUCCUAAAAGCCUAGGAACCUAUUUCCAGAAGAGUCUCUUGGCCACGUGGCCCAAUGGACAUGGGGUGGGUACCCCUGGCCCAAGACCUGGAGAGCUGCCUGGACCCUGGGCCCCCAUGGUCACAGCCCCAGCUCUGGCUCCAGGGUGACCAGGUCCACAGAGGCACUGCCCCUCAGGCUCAUUUCUUCAUGUUCGGUGACCAUGCACCCAGCAACCUGGAGAAUGGCAGUGUGGUCCUGGGGUCACAGUGCCAGGAGCCUAGAGCCCCAGGAAGGCACCAGCAGGUCCUAAGCAAGUGGCAGCAGGAGUAGAUGCCCGGGCUGAGAGGCCUGUGGGGUGCAGGGCA